AUGUGCGUCAAAAAUGCAGGAGAUGCUAACGAGAAAGAGACGGUGUGCGGAUUAGUAUCACCAUUACCAUCAGGACCAUCAUCAGCACCAACAGCGCCAACAGCGCCAACAGUACCAACUGUACCAACUGUACAAACGCCAACAAAAGCACCUACAAGUAACACUAUUGGAUCAUCCGGCGGUCCUUCUACUCCAGGUUUUUCACCCUCAAAAUCCUCAACCAAUCUUACACCCACACAAACUUCUAGUGGUGCCAGAAUACUUUCAAUAGAAUUAUUCGGGUUAUGGAUUGGGUAUAGUGGUAUUUCCAUUGCUGGUCUCUUCAUUAUGGUGUUUGGAUAA